AUGGAGUCUCGUGUGCUAACCGGCGCCACCACCAUUCGCGGCUUACCACUUAUUCGGAAGCCGGUGGCCAGGUUCACCGUAAACUGCGGUGUCCCUGCCUUGAAGCCCACCGGCACCUUCAAUGAUGGCGGGAACUUGAUUUGGGGAAAGAAGCUCCGUCCAGCUAUUCUGCUCGAAGCUUCCCCUGCGACCGUGGUUUUUCCGGUGAAUAGGAGGGAGUGUCUCCCGCCAUGCCUAGCCGCGGCUUCUUCGCCGGCCGAAGGAAGCGAUUCACCCGGGCCGGUCGGGUUCUUCCAGAAAUAUCCGGCUAUUGUCACCGGGUUCUUCUUCUUCAUGUGGUACUUUCUGAACGUAAUUUUCAACAUCCUCAACAAGAAGAUCUACAACUACUUCCCCUAUCCUUAUUUUGUGUCGGUAAUUCAUUUGUUCGUUGGGGUUGCUUACUGCUUGGUUAGCUGGGCUGUGGGACUUCCCAAGCGAGCUCCAAUUGACUCAAACCUCCUGAAGCUGCUCAUCCCAGUGGCUGUGUGCCAUGCUUUAGGCCACGUAACAAGCAAUGUCUCGUUUGCUGCUGUUGCUGUCUCGUUCACUCAUACAGUUAAAGCUCUCGAGCCUUUCUUCAAUGCUGCUGCUUCACAAUUCAUACUUGGGCAACAAAUACCUAUCACAUUAUGGUUGUCACUGGCACCAGUUGUUCUUGGUGUAUCAAUGGCAUCAUUGACUGAGCUGUCUUUCAACUGGACUGGCUUCAUUAGUGCUAUGAUUUCCAAUAUCUCCUUCACUUACAGGAGCAUCUAUUCAAAGAAAGCUAUGACCGAUAUGGAUAGCACUAACCUAUACGCCUACAUUUCUAUCAUCGCUCUUGUUGUCUGUAUUCCACCAGCCCUUAUCCUUGAGGGACCUCAACUACUAAAGCACGGGUUUAGUGAUGCAAUUGCUAAAGUGGGGUUAACAAAGUUCAUCACAGAUCUUUUCUGGGUUGGAAUGUUUUACCACCUCUACAAUCAGCUAGCAACAAACACCCUUGAGAGAGUGGCACCCCUCACUCAUGCAGUUGGCAAUGUGUUGAAACGUGUUUUCGUGAUUGGCUUCUCGAUCCUGGUCUUUGGAAACAAAAUUUCACUGCAAACUGGUAUUGGUACAUCCAUUGCAAUUGCUGGAGUUGCAAUAUACUCCUUCAUUAAGGCCAAGAUUGAAGAAGAGAAACGACAACUGAAAAAAGCAUGA